AUGAUAAAAAAUAAAAAAUAUUUUCAUUCGAAAAUAUUCAUGUGUUGGUUUAAUUUCAGGAUGAUUGGAGCAAUGCCAGCGGUGGCUGUACGCCAUGAACGCAGGAGACAAGAGAAAAGGUUGAAACGUCCGAGCCAGCUAUAUCUCGGCGGACAAUGGCUGCCUCCUCUCCAAGGUUCUCCGCCGACUCCCAGCCCUCAUGGACAAAAUAGCCAUCUUGAUCCUCUCCCAGAGCUCUAUCUCUGUGGCAAGAUAUCGGGGCUUCAUGCAGUGGUAAUUUGCUUACUAUUGGGCGCCAUAGUCUUGGUAGUUGGUCUAGUUCAACUGGCGCCCGGAGCAACGACCACAGACCACAGACUUAUACUGCUGAUUGCUGGCGCUACCAUACUCAUUUUAGGGAUAAUUCUCGCCGGCGUGAGGUGUUACGUUCUGCACUGCAUGCCUUUACCAACAGAUUCUCCAGUGGCGACGCCAUUACCGCCUCCCAGUACAGCAGAUCAAUCGUCAGUCGCGAAAGGGACUCUCGACUUGUUGGUAGGACACGAAAACCCCCCAGAGACCGAGCAAAUGAUCCACCACCAUCAACAUCACCGUCACCACGGAAACCACAAAGAAAAGCGUUCGUCCCAAAGCUCCGACGUCGAAAAAGCCUAA